GGAGAUUGGAGAGACAGAAUCUAAAAAUCAAAAGAUGAAAGAAAGGCAAGAAAUCACUUCCUUUGCUUCGAAGUUAAUUGCCAAUUUGUCUUCGGCGUCGUCGCCAUCUUCAUCCUGAAAACCCUAUAUAUAAGACUCUCCCAUUCUCUCCAUUGCUAGCUCGCAUAUUUCGCCCGCUCAAUUUCGGUUGCAUGGUGAUUGUUGUUUUACAAUUGCAGCUGGGAGUAGGAGGAGGCAAAUUUUUGUGUUUGGGGUCUUUCUUUUGCUUUUGAACCUUUUUGAGUACCUUAAAGAAAAAUAAAGUCUUGUUGUUUGAAAGAAGAAAUUUUGGAGGUCAAGGUCUCAUGAGAAUUGUUAGGGGAAUGCAUAAAUUGAUUCACGUGCAGCAGAGGGAACUGGGAUGCUACUGUGACAACUCAUUCAGCCAAGGGAUUGGGGUGACUGCACCAAAGGCCAGGAAGCGUGACAAAUUGAAAACAAAAGCUUUCAUGUUCCUCUAAUUUAGGUUAGGCAAGAUAGUUGUAGCCUAGGCCUCUGGGUGAAGUAGGCAUACAAAAUGACUAGGGUACUUGUUCAAAGAGGUUCUAGCGGGUCUUCGUCAUCGUCAUCAUCCAACCAGAAUAGACCAUUGACAUCACUGCCAAGUUCAUCUUCUUCAGCUCCGGUUCAGCUGCAAUCUACUACCAACAACCAAGCACUGCCAACUGGGAAAGACAAUGAACUGGGAGCAGAAAUGCAAGAUCAGGAUGAGUCUUUGGUUGAUUCUUCGGAGAACAUAUCAGUGAAAAGUGAGGAUUCUUCACCAGAAAAUUUGAGCAAUGACUUGCGAGUCUGUGAACCAAAAAUAGUUAAUGAUUCUGUUUUUGGUGAUCUGCCCAAGGGACUUGGUGGGUUGAGAAUUGUGGAAGAAGAGGAAAAAGAAGGAUGUUCUUUGCAAACAGUAACUGGCAGUUCAUAUCCGCCUCCUCCUCCCGUGCCACCCCCAAAACCUGCUUCCAUGAAUUCAAAUCUGAAGAGGUAUCCAUCUGGAAGUUCAAGUUCUUUGCGAACAGGAUCAUGUAGGGGGCCUUUUGGGCAUCAUGUUAUAUCACUUAGAACUUCACCAACCAGAUCUCAGCCAUCUUCUCCGCGCUCUCACUGUGAAAGUGAAGGUUAUAACAGCGCUGAUGAGCAAAGCCCAUCUCCUGGCCCCUCUUAUGAUGAUGCAGAGAGAGAACGCCAAUUUGAAAUUGAUUUGAGACGAGCUAAAGGGUUGGAAGUCAAGAAAAUGUUGGAAGAUGGAAACUGUCUCUUUCGAGCAGUUGCUGACCAAGUGUACGGUGAUUCUGAAGCUUAUGACUUGGUUAGGCAGAUGUGUAUUGACUACAUGGAACGUGAAAGAGACCACUUCUCUCAGUUCUUAACAGAAGGGUUCAGUUCAUAUUGCAAGAGAAAACGAAGAGAUAAGGUUUACGGUAACAAUAUGGAGAUCCAAGCACUAUGUGAAAUGUACAAUCGGCCUAUCCACAUAUAUUCCUAUAGCACAGAGCCUAUCAACAUAUUCCAUGGAAGUUAUAAUACAGAUACCCCUCCCAUCCGUUUAAGUUACCACCAUCGUAAUCAUUACAACUCCCUUGUUGAUCCACGCCGGUUAACAAUUGGCGCGGGGCUCGGUUUUAGCUCUUUGCAAGGGACAAAUGUUGACAAGGAUCAAAUAAAGGCAGCAAUUAAGGCACAACAAGACCAACUAAUUGAUAAGACCCUUCUGGCCGAGGGGUGCUUUUAUUCGGAUCUUGAGCUGACUGAGAAAGAAAUAGAACGUAUGGUGAUGGAAGCUUCUAGGGCAGAGUACCUUGCAAAAUACAAGUUCAAGCAACAACCACCCGGUCACAGAGAAUCUUCGACCUCUUCUGCUGAACCAUCAUCUUCUGGAGGAGCUAGAUCUCCGAGAGGGAGAAGUGAGACGAGGCAGGAAGGAGUAAGGGAAACAAGGUUGCCAGAUUCUGUUCUGAGUGACAGCAUGCAGAUUAUGCUGACAAUGGGAUUCAGCUAUCCCCAAGUGAUUGAAGCCUACAGCAUAUUUGGGGAAGAUGUGGACUCCAUGGUCUGUUACCUUAUAGAAACUAGCAGUAGCAGCAGCAGAAGACGCAAAGGAAAGGCAACGGAGUAAAAAUCUAGCCCCCAAUAGUCUCUCUCUGUACUUUGCCCAACCAUCUAGUUGAACUGCUGCUGUAUUUGUCAAUUCAAUCCAUAAACUUUGUUGGAGUACUCUAUCUUGAUUCAUAUUUUUCAACUGUUUGCUCUUGGUGAUGUAUGGAUAUUUCUGACACUUGAAGCUAGUCAAGACCUCUUGCAGAUUAUGCAGUUUGAGGUAAUUGCUGUGUAAAAGUUGUGAUAAAUGAUGCUUAUGAUA